AUGAUGUCGGCCGGUCCAGCUCACCACCAACUGCCCAUGACCCAGGCGCAAAUUCAACAAGAAUCACACCGUCGCGAGGCCGUCAACCAUCUGGCUAAGCUUCGGAGCCGCAAACCUACCGACAAGACCCUGCCCGAUGGCAUCGAGGAGAUUUUGGUCGGCGAGAGCGACGUCGCUGUUGCCUACAAGAAGCUACGCGAUUUCGAGAGACGGCUGGAUGCUACCAUGAGUCGCAAGAGGUUGGAUAUUAUGGACUCGGUUAGCAGGAAUGCAAAGCGCUACAAGACACUCCGCGUUUGGAUCAGCAACACCGUCGAAGACCAGUACUGGCAAAACAACAACUUCAACGUCGAUAGCUUCGACUUCCCCUCCAACCUCGAAUCCACAUACCGCGUCAAGAUCGAAGGCCGACUACUCGACGACGAAGACGAGACCACAAAGGAUGGCGAGGAGGCGGAUGGGGACAAGAUGGACACAAGCGAAGACAACACCAACAAGGCAGCAGCAACAAAGUCCGGAGCGAAACCCGUCCCCGCUAAGCCCGGCCAGCGCUACCGCUUCUCGCACUUCUUCAAAGCCCUCACAGUCGACUUCGACCAGCCCACCGCCUCGGGCCGUCUCCCCGUCGACACCACCGCGGUAGAAUGGAAGAAGCCCGAGCGCACCCCGGCCGGGUCUAACCUGCCCGCCUCGGCCGACUUCGACGAGCUUACCUUCAAGCGCCACGGGGACGAGAAUGUUAACAUCACCAUCAACCUCUACCGCCACGAAGACCCGGAGCGCUACGAGAUCUCGCCCGAGCUGUCCGACGUGAUUGACAUGAGCGAAGCCACCCGCCAGGAAGCCGUUGCCGGUCUGUUCGAGUACAUCAGGCUGAUGAAGCUGCAAGAGGACGACGAGAAACGCAAUUUCCGCUGUGACGAGCUGCUGCAGAAGUUGAUUGGACGGGAGAGUGGACAUAUCCCCCAGCUGAACGACUACGUCACUCCCCAUCUGAAACCGUUGCCGCCCAUCAAGCUGCCUUACACGAUCCGCAUGGACCAGGAAUUCCAUUCUGCGCCUGACGCCCCAAAGCCAACAGUCUACGACAUCCAUGUCUUGGUUGACGACCCCUUGCGCUCGAAGCACUUGGUGCCCUUCAUUCAUAACCCCGCUUACGUCCAAACUCUCCGUGAGAUUCACCAGCUGGAUGAGUCCCUGGCUGUCUUGAUCCAAGCCGUCGGCGACUCCAAGGCCAAACAUAACUUUUUGACGUCCUUGGGUACCGACCCGGUUAAUUUUGUCAAGAAAUGGCUGUCCAGCCAGAAGCGUGAUUUGGAGGUGAUCAUGGGUGAGGCCACAAGGGCAGGAGCCGCGGCUGAAGACCCUUUGCGGAAGCAGGAUGAUUUGCAACAGCAGCAGCAGCAGCAGGAGGAGGAGGAUGUGGGGAACAGUAGUAGGGCUAGGAAUACGGAUAGGAAUGGGAAUACGACGGAGAGCAAUAGGGAUCGAAAGGGUAAGGGGGUUGAUAGGGGAGACAUGGGAGACAGAGACAUGACUAGGGAUACGGAAAGCAAUAAGGAUAGAAAGGGUAAGGGGGUUGAUAGGGGAGAUAUGGGAGACAACAUGAAUAGGGAUACUACUCAUCCUCCGGGAUUUGCUCAACCUCAGCCUCCCACUAUGCCCCCCCGUCAGUCACAGUCAGAAGACGAGCGUGAUGAUUUUUUAAAGCUGAGGGAUAUUGAGAGAAGAAAGGAGGUGGAAGCAUGCGGGUGGAGGUUAGUUCCGCUUAAACUUCUUAGGAGGAAGCCAGAAGGAAAGGAGGAGGAGGAGGAUGAGAACAUGGAUGAGAACAUGGAUGAGAACAUGGAUGAGAACAUGGAUGAGAACGUGGACGAGAACAUGGAUGAGAACAUGGACGAGAACAUGGAUGAGAACAUGGACGAGAACAUGGAUGAGAAGCAAGAUGAGAACAUGGAUGAGAAGCAAGAUGAGAUCAUGGAUGAGAAGCAAGAUGAGAUCAUGGAUGAGAAGCAAGAUGAGAUCAUGGAUGAGAAGCAGGAUGAGAAUAGGAAUACCGAGGUUGAAAAUGGACUCGGACCAGAAACCACCAUGGAGACACCAAGGGUUACUUGUACACGUACACGUGCUGGUUCUAUUAGUAUUAGGGGACCUGCAAGAGUAGGAGGAAGAGUAGGAGGAAAAGGGGGAAGAGGAGGAAAACGGGAGAUUAUUACUUUUAGGUCUGUUCCCAGGACGGUGUUGGAUGCCUUUGCAGGGUCACGGGACGAUGGAGUGGAUGAUAGAGCGGCGGACGACAAAGUGGAUGAUAAAGCGUACGACGGAGGGGACGAGGCAGAUUAUGAGGCGGACGACGGAAUGGACGACAAAGCCGAAGACGGAGCAAACAACGGAGUAGACGAUGGAGCCGAAGACGGAGCGAACGGCGGAGCUAACGGCGGAGCGAACGAGCCAGAGCCAGAGCCAGAGGUACAGGUAGAGGCACCGGCAGAGACUGAUACUCGAGACGGAGACUGGAUCGAAGACUUGAUAAUCAGUGAUGGUGAUUGA